GUGAAGCGCUCAGGUAAAAGGAUUGAAUAACGGAAAACAGAAACAGCUGAAGAGCAGACGGCGACUCCGAAGGUGGAAAAAUGGCAGUCGGGAUAGAAGAAGUUGAGAUACUGAAACCACGUACGGACAAGAGGGAAUACAGGAGAAUCGUCCUUCCUAACCGUCUCGAAGUUCUUCUUAUCAGUGAUCCUGAAACCGAUAAGGCUGCUGCUUCCAUGAAUGUUAGCGUUGGUUCAUUUAGCGAUCCGGACUGUCUUGAAGGGCUUGCCCAUUUUCUUGAGCAUAUGCUGUUUUAUGCGAGUGAGAAAUAUCCAUUGGAGGACAGUUAUUCAAAGUACAUAACAGAGCAUGGGGGUUGCACUAAUGCUUUUACUUCUUCUGAGCACACAAACUACCAUUUCGAUGUCAACAAUGACAGUUUUGAAGAAGCUUUGGAUAGAUUUGCACAGUUCUUUGUCAGACCAUUGAUGUCACCUGAUGCUACUACGAGGGAGAUAAAAGCUGUUGAUUCUGAGAAUCAGAAAAAUCUGUUAUCUGAUGGUUGGAGAAUGGCUCAGCUUCAGAAACAUCUGUCUGCAGAUAGUCACCCAUAUCAUAAAUUUAGUACAGGAAACUGGGAUACGUUGGAGGUCCGUCCAAAAGCAAAAGGGCUGGAUACACGACAUGAGCUUGUUAAAUUUUAUGAGAAAAACUACUCGGCGAACCUAAUGCAUCUGGUUGUAUAUUGGAAAGAAAGUCUUGAUAAAAUUCAAAGCCUGGUGGAAAACAAAUUCCAGGAUAUUCGGAAUACUGAUCGAGGGUGCUUCCAUUGUCCUGGUCACCCAUGCACACCGGAACAUCUUCAGAUUCUUGUCAAAACUGUCCCCAUAAAGCAAGGUCACAAGUUGAGAAUUAUAUGGCCUAUCACUCCAGGAAUUCGUCAUUACAAGGAAGGGCACUGUUGGUAUGUUGGUCACCUUAUUGGCCAUGAAGGAGAGGGAUCACUCUUUUACAUCUUAAAGACAUUGGGAUGGGCUACAAGUUUAUCUGCAGGUGAAGUGGAUUGGACUUACGAGUUCUCUUUCUUCAAAGUAAAUAUAGCUCUUACUGAUGCUGGUCAUGAGCACAUGGAACAGAUUGUAGGAUUACUGUUCAAAUACAUCUCCCUAUUACAAAAAUCUGGUGUCAGUGAACGGAUAUUUGAUGAGCUCUCAGCAAUUUGUGAGACCAUCUUCCAUUAUCAGGACAAGAUUCCUCCUAUUGAUUAUGUGGUUAAUGUUUCAUCAAACAUGCAGCUAUAUCCCCCAAAAGAUUGGCUAGGGGCAUCAUCCUUGCCUUCUAACUUCAGUCCAGGAACCAUUCAGAUGGUAUUAGAUGAGCUUACUCCAGACAAUGUCAGGUUGCUUGGUGCAUAUUUGUCAUGGUGCCAAGGCAAACCAAGGCGGUGGAGGGUUGUCUAAGCGCUUAGGCGAGAAGGCG